CGGCGCCGGCGGCUGCUCGGGCGGGGGGUUGCGGCGUUCAGGAGAGGCCCCGGCUCCGCCCCGGGCCUGCCCAGGGGAAGAGCGAAGCGGCCCGCAACCGGGUCGGGUCGGGGCCCCUCCCGGGAGGAGCGUGGAGCGGCGGCGGCGGCGGCAGUAGAAAUGAUGGAAGAAUUGCAUAGCCUGGACCCACGACGGCAGGAAUUAUUAGAGGCCAGGUUUACUGGAGUUGGUGUUAGUAAGGGGCCGCUUAAUAGUGAGUCUUCCAAUCAGAGCUUGUGCAGCGUGGGAUCCUUGAGUGACAAAGAAGUAGAGACUCCUGAGAAAAAGCAGAAUGACCAGCGAAACCGGAAAAGAAAAGCUGAACCAUACGAAACUAGCCAAGGGAAAGGCACUCCUAGGGGACAUAAAAUUAGUGAUUACUUUGAGUUUGCUGGGGGAAGCGGGCCAGGAACCAGCCCUGGCAGAAGUGUUCCACCAGUUGCACGAUCCUCACCGCAGCAUUCCUUAUCCAAUCCCUUACCGCGGCGAGUAGAGCAGCCCCUUUAUGGUUUAGAUGGCAGUAUUGCAAAGGAGGCACCAGAGGAGCAAUCUGCCUUGCCAACCUUGAUGUCAGUGAUGCUGGCCAAACCUCGGCUUGACACGGAGCAGCUGGCACAAAGGGGAGCUGGCCUCUGCUUCACAUUUGUCUCAGCUCAGCAAAAUAGUCCCUCUUCUACAGGAUCUGGCAACACCGAGCAUUCGUGCAGCUCCCAAAAACAGAUUUCCAUCCAGCACAGACAAACCCAGUCUGACCUCACAAUAGAAAAAAUAUCUGCACUAGAGAACAGUAAGAAUUCUGAUUUAGAGAAGAAAGAAGGAAGAAUAGAUGAUUUGUUACGAGCCAACUGUGAUUUGAGACGGCAGAUUGAUGAACAGCAAAAGAUGCUAGAGAAAUACAAGGAACGAUUAAAUAGAUGUGUAACCAUGAGCAAGAAACUUCUUAUAGAAAAGUCAAAACAAGAGAAGAUGGCAUGUAGAGAUAAGAGUAUGCAGGACCGUUUGAGAUUGGGUCACUUUACCACUGUCCGACAUGGGGCCUCUUUUACAGAACAGUGGACAGAUGGCUAUGCUUUUCAGAACCUUAUCAAGCAACAGGAGAGGAUAAAUUCACAAAGGGAAGAAAUAGAAAGACAACGGAAAAUGUUAGCAAAGCGAAAACCUCCUGCCAUGGGACAGGCCCCUCCAGCAACCAAUGAGCAGAAACAGCGGAAAAGCAAGACCAAUGGAGCUGAAAAUGAAACGUUAACAUUAGCAGAAUACCAUGAACAAGAAGAAAUCUUCAAACUCAGAUUAGGUCACCUUAAAAAGGAGGAAGCGGAGAUCCAGGCAGAGCUGGAAAGGCUAGAAAGGGUUAGAAAUCUACAUAUCAGGGAACUAAAAAGGAUACACAAUGAAGAUAAUUCACAAUUUAAAGAUCAUCCAACGCUAAAUGACAGAUAUUUGUUGUUACAUCUUUUGGGUAGAGGCGGCUUCAGUGAAGUUUACAAGGCAUUUGACCUAACAGAGCAAAGAUAUGUAGCUGUGAAAAUUCACCAGUUAAAUAAAAACUGGCGAGAUGAGAAAAAGGAGAAUUACCACAAGCACGCGUGUAGGGAAUACCGGAUCCACAAAGAACUGGAUCAUCCCCGAAUAGUGAAGCUGUAUGAUUACUUUUCACUGGACACUGACUCGUUUUGUACAGUAUUAGAGUACUGUGAGGGAAAUGACUUGGACUUCUACCUGAAACAGCACAAAUUAAUGUCGGAGAAAGAGGCCCGGUCCAUUAUCAUGCAGAUUGUGAAUGCUUUAAAAUACUUAAAUGAAAUAAAACCUCCCAUCAUACACUAUGACCUCAAACCAGGUAAUAUUCUUUUAGUAAAUGGUACAGCGUGUGGAGAGAUUAAAAUCACAGAUUUUGGUCUUUCCAAGAUCAUGGAUGAUGAUAGCUACAAUUCAGUGGACGGCAUGGAGCUAACGUCACAAGGUGCCGGUACUUACUGGUAUUUACCGCCAGAGUGUUUUGUGGUUGGGAAAGAACCACCAAAGAUCUCAAAUAAAGUUGACGUCUGGUCAGUGGGUGUGAUCUUCUAUCAGUGUCUUUAUGGAAGGAAGCCUUUUGGCCAUAACCAGUCCCAGCAAGACAUUUUACAAGAAAAUACUAUUCUCAAAGCUACUGAAGUGCAGUUCCCGCCAAAGCCAGUAGUAACACCUGAAGCAAAGGCUUUUAUUCGACGAUGUUUGGCCUACCGAAAGGAGGACCGCAUCGAUGUCCAGCAGCUGGCCUGUGACCCCUACUUGCUGCCUCACAUCCGAAAGUCUGUCUCCACUAGUAGCCCUGCUGGAGCUGCUAUUGCAUCAACUUCUGGGGCAUCCAAUAACAGUUCUUCGAAUUGAGACUGACUCCUAGGCCACAAACUGUUCAACACACAAAGUGGACAAAUGGCAUUCAGCAGCGGGUUUGGAACAUAGCGAAAUCCGAAUGGAUCUCAUGAAACCUGUACCAGGUGCUUUUAUUUUCUUGCUUUUUUUCCCAUCCAUAGAGCAUGACAGCAUCGAUUCUCAUUGAGGAGAAACCUGGGGCAGCUCUGGCCAGGCCUCGUAGGAAAAGGCUCCGCCCGAGGUUCCGGCGUCAACAGCCACUGUGUGUGGCUGCUCUGAGUGAGGAAAAAUUGAAAAGAAAAACUGGUUCCAUGUACUGUGAACUUGAAAACAUGCAGACUCAGGGGGGGGGGUCCCUGAUGCAGUGCUUCAGAUGAAGAAUGUGGACUUGAAAAUACAGACUGGGCUAGUCCAGUGUCUAUAUUUAAACUUGUUCUUUUCUUUUAAUAAAGUUUAGGUAACAUCUCCUGAAAAGCUUGCAGCACAAAGGCUCAGCUGGGGAUGGCGUUUGACUUCGGAGGAAAAAAGUUGCUAUUGCCCAGUAAAGGCACUAGAGUUAGUGUUUUAUCCCUAAAUAAUUUCAAUUUUUAAAGACAUGCAGCUUCCUUCCCCCCCCCCCUUUUUUUAUUUUUGAAAGAAUACACUUGGUUAUAAAGUGAAACCCGUAUUAGCAAGUACGUGGCAAUAUUCAUUCCAUUCAGAUGCAGCUUUCUCCUCUGUCUGGUUUCCAGUUUGCAGUUGCUUCCCUCCACUGGGGGACAGAGACUGAGUGGGAGUACUGAGAUGUAUGGGCUUUGCCAUUGGACAGAGACUGAGGUUAGAAGACUGCAGCCCAGGGUCUUCUAGGUUUUCAGCAAUUUCUUCAUAAUUUGAACACUUGACGGUUGUCCCUUUUAAUUUAUUUGAAGUGCUAUUUUUUUAAAUAAAGGUUCAUCUGUCCAUGCA